CCCGGCCCAGUCCAUGUACCCCUGCAUCAUCCAUCGAUCAGGUCUCAGCAUUGCAGAUCGAACAGACCAGUACUGAACAGUGCACACACACACACACACACACACACUUGGCCGCGCUGUUCACUGCAACUCAAGUAGUGACACCAUUGCCAUGGCUUACUACUCGGAGUCGGGCUACUGCGCGGAGGACGUGAUGAGGAGGCCGCACGCCGAGCCGGGGUACUACCACGGCGAGGGCGGCGAGCGCUACGCCGUCCGCAAGGAGUACGAGGAGAUCGACGAGGUGGCGCGCGCCGGCAGGGGCCACUACGGCCACCUCGGCCGCAGCGGCAGCCACCACCACCACGUCGGCCAUGGCGGACACGAGGGGUCGUGCCACGGGCACCUCGGCGGCGAAUAUCGCGAGCAGCAGCACCUGCACGGCCACGGCCACGGCGGUCGCCACUACGACGCGUGCGAGAGCAGGCGCUACGACUCGUGUACCGGCCAGUACUACGCUUGAGCUCGGAUCGGACGGUCGAGGUGAACGGUCACGGUCAUCAUCAGCAUGAUAUCACACCAGGGCUGCUGCCAUCCAGCUGAGUCCUGACAGGGAGCUACUCCGUACUAGUAGUGCUAUGUAUAUAUAUACGAGAAUAAGACCGUGACGAUGACGUGAAUAAAAGGUUGUGCGUGCUUCCAUGGCACGCUCUGUGUUUUUAAAAACCCGCGCGUUG